GCAUUAUAAAUGUUCAUGUUUGUCAGUGACAGAUCUUCCAGAAGAAAUUUUAGAAUAUAUUCUUUCUCAGCUGUCGCCAUAUCGAGAUUUAAAAGCAGCGAAACAAGUUUGCAAGCAAUGGCAUCGAUUGGUUUUAGGCGACAUACGUAGCGGAAGAUCCGGUUGACUAUUUCCACGACCACCCUGUCCUGCAGAUGUCAUAGAAGACUCACUUGUUGAACCACCAAGCUUAAUUGUUUAGAACAUUUAUUAAGCAGAAAUAGCAACAGUCCCUUCAAUUUACAUACACUAUGUACAUACACCCCAAAGUAGCCUAAGUCCGGACAAAACUACGGCGAUUUCGCCCAGCUUCGAUCGGCAGAAUACAAACACUAGCUAACACUUUAACAGGCAAAGACAGAAAAAAAGGACACAUCACAUUUGAUUUGAACAUUGUUCGUAUCAUUUCAUGCAGUAAAUGAUAGUAAUAUAAACAUUUUAAAUAAUAACAUUCCUCUUUAGUUAGAUAUAUAUAGUACGGCGAUUUCGCCCAGCAGUAUAUGGAAUUUACGGCGAGAUCGACCGGUGGCGAGAUCGCCCUACUUCUCACAGCUCACUUGGCACCUUGUCGCUGUAUGUCGCAGGGGCGUAGGCUGGGGUGUGUGUGUCAAAUGACCCCCCCCCCACCCCCAGCUGAAGCAAUGGUCCACUUUCAGAACUAAAACGUAUACACGUUUAUACAUACGGAGUUUCUGGUGGUGCAAAAACAGAAUAGAAAAAGUGUCCACUUGGUUCAUAUUUGACCCUGCCCCCCCCCCCCCCCCCCAAGUCCAUAUCACACUAUGCCCCAGUGUCAAUCUGUGUUUUCACUUUGGCUCCAGACUGUAUUUCAAUGCAUGUCACGCCAUUUGCAGUGACCAGUCAAGCGUUGUUAAUCCUCUGCCACAUUCUUUUGAGUAUUGCCAAAAAAUACUAAUUAUUACUUUCAUUUUAACAUAACAAUUCAUAAUUAAAUACUUAACAACACAUAAUUAACUACUUAAUAAUAUUACGUUUUUCGUUUUGUUUAAAUUUUAUUACCAGAAGUACAUAUAGUAUUUUAUAAAUUUAGAUCGAAAUAUUACGAUCAGAACCAAAUUCAGAAUUUUUCCGAAGGAACAUGGUACAUGGCAAAAUGUUAUGAAAUGUACCGAUAAAUGUUCACUGUGCCUAUUUGUAUCAAACUUCUCCCCUUUCUUCUGGAAAGGGAGAAGUCACUUCUACUUUUUCAAUUCUAGAUUAGGGCCUGCUUACAAUGAACAAUUAUACAAUCCAUUAAAAUAAUUUGUUAGGGUUACAGAACUUCCCAAAUAUGAAUAAUAAUAUUUGAAAAACUAUCAUUCAGCAAUGUAUUAUUUUCAAGUUGCGAUGUAUUAUUAUUGUAUACACAUGUAGUAUGCAUUAAAAAAAAAAAUGACAUGAUUCCAAAUAUGUUAUUUACAUAAGAUUCAUUAGCUUUUAUCUAUAUAUAUUUAUUACAUUUACAGAUCUGUUGAAUUACAUACAUUUACUGUGUCAUGCUUAUGCAAAUUAACUUGGGAGUUAAAUUUGGACAAAUGUUUUCAGUCUUAUCAUACAGGGACUCAUUCUAUAUUGUUCGUUUGACUUGGUACCAAACUAAAUAUUUACCAUAACUAUCAAAUUGAAUAUUGCUGUUUUUACAUACAUGUAGGUGUGACCCAAAUGAUGCAGCAGACUUUUCGUUAUUCCUUGAGGGAGUCGAAGACAAUUUGGACGCAGAUUUUGCCACCGCCGGUCUUGCCGACAGAGCGAUACUCACACUGUGCCUGCUUCUUUGAUAAAUCCAUGUACGUUUUUGGCGGGUGCACCUUGAGUAACACGACUUUCAACGACCUGUGGAGAUUCGAUCUGGCAACCCGACAGUGGAUCCGUCCACUUGCAAUGGGUUCUUACCCGUCGCCGAAGGCCUGUGCAUCCAUGGUUGUGUACAAGGACAGUCUGGUAUUAUUUGGAGGGUGGAGCCAUCCUACUCCAUUCCCCCUACAUCAGGCGGACCGUUUUUUCAACGAGCUGCACAUGUACAACCCUGAAUCAAACCGCUGGAUCCAGCUGAACAGUGUGUCGGCAUCUGUACCGGAACCAGUGGCUGGUCACUCCGUGUCCAUCGUUGAAGACCGGAUGGUUGUGUUUGGCGGGUCGCACGUCCCAGCGGCAGGAAGCAAUGAUGUGUGGGUCUUUGACUUUGAGUAUUUGUCUUGGAAACAACAGCCGAUAGCUGGUCCAAGGCCAAAUAUGCGAUACGGUCAAUCUCAAACUACCAUUGAUGACAAGCAUAUCUUAAUUCUGGGUGGAUGUGGUGGGCCCAACCAGAUUUUUAAUGAUAUCUGGUUGCUGGCUCUUGGUCGAGGAGACUGGACAUGGGCAGAGGUGAAAAUCAAUAACAGCGAGUUUGCAGCCACCCAGCUUUGGUGUCACCCAGUGUGUAAGGUUGGUAAUACCUUGGUCAUCUUGAAUAAACCUCCCAAAUCGAGCGAGUCUGUAUCACAGACGAGUCAUCAACAGCACAUCCAGUCAAAUCGAGUUUUACAACCAGCAGUGAUACCGAGAGAAAAUCAACCAGCCAGAUACGGGAACAGAGAACCAGAAAAUCAACCAGAUUCACUAAUCAACCGACUGGGUAAAAAUCGCCUUAGCACCUCAUCGCAACAGAACCCAGGUGGUGGAUUUGUUAACCGGGAACCGGAAUACCAACCAAGGUUAUCGGUUCACCCACCAGCCGAACACCAACCAGGGCUGAUAGCAGCUGUGAACAGAACACCGGAAAACCAACCUCCAUGUCAGUCGGAAAACCGUCUCGGCGGAAAGCAACUGGGCGUUGCUGCCAGGGCCCUGCAUAAAAAUCCAUCACUGGGUCUGAUGGAUCAGGGCGGUUCCGACCUCGAUCACAGGGGUGGGACCUCGAAUCUCCGUCCCGGCCAUCCGUCCGUGAAACCGAACUCCAUGCACGAUCGGCAGAAGCAGCUGGACCUUCUCCGGAAGUACGAAGAGCGGAUCCGCCAGCACCGGAGCCCUGCAUCAUCGGGGGGCCAGGGCGGAGUACGGUCGCUCCCGGCAACGUGUGAUAAUAGCGUGACGACCCCCCGCGAGUCCAGAAUUCCCAUGUGUCUUUACCUACUGGACAUCGGCUCAGUCGCGCAGACCCAGACCUCCACAUGGCUGUGCCCGCGAGAAACGUUUGUGUGCAACAGCGUGGACGACCGUUCUAUCACCAUUUUCUACUCCCUCGUUGAGGGCUGGGGGGAGCUCGUUCUGUUCGGAGGGAUUCAGAUGGAUCUGUCGUCGACGCAGAGACGAAUGGACAUGAGCUCAAAGUCGCACCUCGUCAGUAACAAUCUGUACGUCCUGCGUGCCUGUAGGCGAAGGUUCUGAAACUCACUGGUUUUGACUCACACAGAGUUGAAUCGAGUUGAAAACGAUGGAUCUUACUACUCACAGGGCUUCUAGAAUUUUUUUAAAAUCCACUAGCCAUGGGAUCAGUGAUUUUACUAGCCACGAUUAAAAAUUCACUAGCCCUACUUUACUUCAAGUUAAUACAUUUUAUUAAAUAUGUCAC